AUGCUCAGGGAGCACGACAGAGGCCGCAUGGGAAUCUUCUCCUCACUCAACGAGGAUGUCCUCGAUUCGAUUGUCUCCCGUCUGCGGUUCCGCGACGCGCUCCGACUCUCAGAAACAUGCCAGAGCCUCCAUCGCGUAUCCACAGACAACGCCAUCUCUGAUGUCUAUCUCACCCAUCCUGGCCAACUGGAUCGUUUCUGCGCCUACAUGCUCGCCGAUGCGCAGAAACGCUUGCCGCGCCUGCGGCGACUCGAGAUCAUCGCGCAGGCUCUGGGAAUACCGGAUCCCGACGCCGGUUGGAGUAGCACUGUAGUGCGCAGCGAGCAUCUCGUGGAUGUCCUGAAGGGGGCUUCGAACCUGCAGUACCUGGACAUCGAGUGUAUCCAAUCGCUGCUGAACGCCAUUCCCUGCCUAUCCUCCGUACUGCGCACAGCCGCGUUUCGUUCUGAGUCUGCUGGGCACGUGGAGGAUUUCCUACCUCGGGGCUCAACUCAUCUUCAUACGCUAAUACUCACCGGUUGCGGGUGCGAGUAUGACUUCGCGUUGCCAUUGCGCCGUAUUGCCCUGGGGUAUCUCAGCUCUUUCUCUCAGCUCACACGGUUCGAGUGUUCGACACCAGAUGCCUUGGAUUUCGAGCACCCCGUUACGCUGUCCUCUGUCACUCGACUCGCUAUCGGCUGGGGGAGCGAUGCAUCGCUGAUCCACAUCGUCAGCACCUUUCCAAAUGUACGCAGCCUGUACAUCACACUCGUCAGCUGGAGGUACAGGGGCACUCUGAGACUUGGGGACACCCUUACUGCGGGCCAAAACACAGGCUUUAAAUGCUGGAAACAUCUGGAUGAACUACGUGGCACCACAACGAACUUGGCUGGCCACAUACGUUGUCCUGUCAGAGCGUUGCACCUGUUAACUUCUACCACUGUCGAGAACUUCCGGAACGAAUCGGACUCGGUCAAACACAGUGCAGUGCCAAUCGUUGCAACAUCCCCGCUCUGGCUGUCUCUUUCCACGUUCACGGAGCCUUCUACACAACUCUGGCGAUGGCUUGGAUCGAAUGCUCCGAGAUUGAGGUUCCUUGACGUCCGUCUAUCUGAUGCGGGAAUCGGGUCCUCCAUGGACUCUUGGAUAGAGGACGUACCGCCAGCUCUCCACUCAUCGCGCCUAGUCUGCAUGCGUCUUCGCAUCACUGACACCUGCCAUGCCAUGCCCGGAUUUCUCGAUAUGGACAUGCCAGACAUCGAAGAGGAGGACAUCAUGAAUGCUCUACCUAUCCGACUUGCCAAGUCGAUUCCGUCUCUCCGAUAUUUCGGUGUCGGUGUCGGCGACAAGUCAUACGACGUGUAUGCUAGGUCGUGGCGUUUUGUUGGGAAGACGUCGUGGUGGCGCGUCUUGCGCAGCGAGCGAGACGAUGUGCGGAUCGAACCUAUCUCAGCUGAUGUCGGCGAGAGGAUCAUCGCGUACAUCGACUCCGCUGAGUUUGAGCUUUCGUUGGAAUUUGACGACUCCCGCUUCAAAUCGAUUUAA